AUGGCAGAUAUAUUAAGGAGAAGGUUUGCUUUAUUGCUCUUGACUACGAGGACGCUUGAGACAGCCAAAACUAUCUCAACUCUUGACAAGAACUACGAGCUACCUGAUGGGCAAGUGAUCACCAUUGCUUCUAAGCGAUUCCAUUAUCCUGUUCUUUACCAGCCAUCUAUGAUUGGUGUAGAGAACUCAUGUAUACAGAAAAACUUAUAA